CUCACCACGGCGCACUUCGGCCUGCUGGCAAACCUGACAAACGCGCUCAACGAUGCCACCUUCACCAUCGAACUUGGCACCACCGCCUGUGAGGGUUUCCUCCUGAACGCCACGAGUGCCUUGCUAAGUGGCACUCCUCUCAUCAACAUCACCUUCAAUGACUUCUUCCUCUCCGGACUCACGAGCUUGCAGUCGCUUGAACAGACAAGCCCUCUGACUCGCCUCUUCAACAGAACGAGCUGGCUGACGAACUGGGCAAACAGAUUCGGAACUAUGAACAUUACCAUUGGUUCUCGCUGGCCAAGCUGGGGAAGUCGACUGGCCAGUUUCAACGGAACUGGCCUUUUGUCGACCAUCAUACAGAACAAGAUUACUCUGUUGAACAACACACUCCAAAGCGGGAUCUUUGACAGGCCUCUCUUCAACCUUUUCAGUGGUUAAAGCCAUAGACGAGAUUACCCUGGGUUACCGACUAUCCGGAAUUACACAACGACCAUUAACUGAAGACUUUCGCUUUCCUCUACUACAUAUUCCAGAUAUUAACGUGUUACAGACUUGUUCUUCUUAAUGCCAGAGAUAAUGGGAUCCGCCGCUGCUAUUUCUCCUGCGUGUGUAUCGACUGAUGUGGUUUUCACAAGUACUGCACUUAAAUAAAAUUGAUUAAAGAGCUGACACAA